GUCUUUCCAUUUAAAAAUUCGGUCUCUUCUACAACCAAUUUCAAAUCGUUCAUUUAUUGGGAUCCAAAUUUGCAUCAAUAUUGUAAAAAAUACAAUUUCACAACUUCUAACAUUCUCGCUAUCUCUUUAUAUCUCUACCACGUUAUUCACAAGCUGGUAUUCAGGUAAGUUGUAUUGUUCUCUUCCUCGUCCUUGAACAUUUAUGCCUUCGCCUAGCCAACACCAAAGGCUUCCUACUUCCUUCGGACCAUGUAAAGGAAAGAUUUUCUCGAUCUUAUUUUCCAAAGCAAAGACAGUACUUCAGUUAUCAUCUUUGCCUUGUGAGAUGGCUUUUGUCCACUCUUGAGAAAUAUAUUCUGAUUUGUUGGUGCUCUAAUUUAUAUAUUCCCUUACAGAAAGUCAGACCAAUUCAGUUAGGACUCAUUAUUUUCAAGUCAAGUUAAAGUUUCAUGCUUCAGUUACUUACAAUUCUCAGGUUGACAACGCCGUCGCCAUCAAAGCUCGAGUAUCCCGGUUCACCUACUCUGUACAUAUUUGCAAUGAUGAAUUGGGCAAUUAUUGCUAGGGAGGAUCGUCUCUACAAGGGCAAGACCUUGUAUAGAUGGGAUGUCUCGCCUGGCUUAGGUACGAAAUUCCAUGAUCUAUGUUCAUUUGAGAGUAUAAUAAUGGUUAUAAGAGCAUCAUUGCGGAACAUGUGCAAUGCCACUUCAUAGUAAGUCAAAUUCUCAAAACUAUAUGGGGCUCUAAAGAUCCUGCUAACUCUCCUCCUCCUAUAGACGCUCGUUCAAAAUCUUCUUGUCUAGGUAAACACGUUGAACCUUGUUUCCGAUUUCACCAGCAGCUGCACUUUCUCGGUAAGUCGAAAGCACCCUAUUAUAACGACUCUGCCAAUUCUUUGCAAGUUUGCGGUCCCAUUAUUAUCUAUAAUUACAAUACUAAUUUAAAUACACUAUACAGGAAAAUCGCACGAGUGUCUGGGGUAACUACAAAGAUUCAUGACACUGUUCAAGCUCGCUUGCUGACUACAAUAGAUGCAAUACCUCUGAUGAGAUGCACCAUACUCGGCACAAGGAGAUCCUGAACAUUAUUCGGGAGAUCAAAAUGUUUGACCAAGAGAAUCAAUCUCUUGAUUCUCAAACGAUGAAAAGAAAAGAUGGACCAGAGAAGAAACGGACAGACUCCGAGACCACUUCCGAGGCAACCGAUGCCAUCUCUGAGAUGAGUUUCGAGGAAGAGAGUUUGACAAGGAGAGAACGGAAAAAGGCAAAGAAGUUGGGUGCAAGAACUAGAAGGAAUGUUGAUGUUUAUAGUCAAGAUGAGAUCAACAGCAUCAGCGAGGCACUGCACGGACAAAUACAUGAAAGCAAAGGUGCUUGGGAGGGGACCUAUGCUUAUGAUAACCGACGUGCCGAUGCCUCGCUUACAAACAAUGAUGUGGUUCAAGAGGAAGAUGAGGAGUAUGAUGUGUAUGCGGUUCAGUCCCCUCAUCCAGCCUCCAACAAAGAAUACAAGGUCCCCAAUUACCCGACUCCAAAGCAACAAAGAGCGGCUAAAAAGCUUACAACAACAACUAAUUUGAGGCAAUCCAAGCUUCGUGGUCACCAGCAAAAGUUCACGCCAGAAAUGGCUCACAAGAACGACCCAUACGGUGGCAUUGAUCCGGCCAUAAUGUACCGUCUUGGCAUUGAUGUCAAUCCACUUUCUAGUCCAAAAACCAGGAAAGAAUUGAUAGAGAAGCUCAUCAUUGCGGUCAAGAACGAUCUACAGGUUAUCAGACGGGAAGAAGAGGAGGCUGUGAUCAGAGAGGAAGGUUUCUGGAGAUGGGCUGGAAGAAAUGCCUUUCGAAACAUCCUCGAAUACCGAAAAACAUUUGAUUGGGCCACCGGUCAGAAGAUAAGUGCGAUGAAAACCGAAGCAGAGAUUUUUGGUGAUGGGUCGGUUGAUGGUCAGGUUGGUGGAGAUGGAGAGACACAUGGGAGCUACGGUACUAUAGAUGGUAAAGGCGAGGAUAUUAUGGACGAGAUCAUACCUGUAGAUUCGAUGGUCGACAUGGAGAUUUUACAGGGAGCUGUAGAAGAAUCCGAACUCGAAGUUAUCGAUAAGAAGUGUCCAAGAGUCAAGAAAGAGAUCCGAGUCUUGAAAAUCACCACGGCAUACGAGUCACAUCUCAAGCAGAAGCCGAGACUAACCAAGAGUAUUUCAAAGAUAUCUUUUGGUAAAAAGAAACAGGUUUGGAAGUGCUUCGAAGCUCAGGGGUUCGUUGAUAAUUCCCUUGAGGAAGACGAUGAAAUGGCUCAAGACGGUCUUGAUGAUCUUAUUCGCUUUAAGAACUCUGGUAUUAACACUCCAGUGUCUUCUACAUGGGCGGCUGUAGUUGGUUAUAGCUCAAACGGCAACACAAUUACGGCUAAUAGAGCUAAGAAAGCUACUGCGAAUAGGAAAGUUAUAACUACCAUCGAAGAUGAGGAGUGGACAACGGUUACUAAGAAGGGGAAGAAGAAUUGAUGUAUGCAUGGAUGUUAUGCAACUUGGAGGGAUCUAUCUAUGAUAGACGAUUUGUUGAAACUGGUGUUAUUUUGUUGGUGUACAUUUUCUAUAUGACUUCACUUUACUUUGCAAAAUUUGCUUCUUGCUUUUUAUAUUGUUUUUUGUUACUUCCAUACAUUGCUACUUUCUAAGAACUGAGCGAAAAGAUGUGGACUCAAGGAAGGAGCAUAUGAACUUCCGGGCUUACGAUCAAACAUUUACGAAUCUCUUUGGUCAUUUCAGGUCAUUUUAUUACAUCAAGUAUGUAGCAUAG